AUGCCGACGCAAUCCGCUUCCGAUUCCUAUUCUCCGUUGAAUAACCAGACGAACCAGCCGCCGGUCAAGGAACCUUCUGUCGACACCGAUCCUACCUUGGUUGGUGGAAGGAGGAGAAAAGUAAACACCGGCCUUGACGGCAAAAACGACACCACCAACGUCGAGCAACCGAGUUUGGAACGCAAGGCCAGCACCAGGUCAAAGAAGUCAACCAAAUCGAAGAACCGGCCUCCGAUUACUCCUUGGAGCCAAUUCAAGCAUGUGGUGUUCGGGUCGUGGGUUAACUUACUCCUCGUCAUGGUCCCUGCCGGUUUCGCGGUCAAUUAUGCCCACAUCAACGGUGUCGCAGUCUUCGUCAUCAACUUCAUCGCCAUUAUUCCAUUGGCUGGUAUGCUGGGUUACUCUACGGAAGAGCUUGCACUCCACGUCGGAGAAACGCUUGGUGGUUUGCUCAACGCUUCUUUUGGUAACGCUGUUGAAUUGAUUGUCGGUAUUCAGGCUCUCGUCAAGGGUGAGCUCACUAUUGUCAAGACAUCUCUGAUUGGCAGUAUGCUUUCCAACCUUCUCCUGGUCAUGGGCAUGUCCUUCUUCCUCGGUGGCAUCAACCGCCUCGAGCAGCACUUCAACAUUACGGUUGCACAGACCGCAGCCAGUCUUCUGGCUCUGGCUGUUGCUAGUUUGAUCAUCCCCACCGUUUUCCACAUGUGGGUUGAGGCAGACGUUCCGGACCUAGUCGAUACCGAUGCGCUGUCUCGCGGUACUUCGGUUAUUUUGCUCUUCGUCUACGCCUGCUAUCUUAUCUUCCAGCUCAAGACGCACGCCGUAAUGUACAACGAACCUAGUCAGAAGGGCGAGAAGAGGCCAUCCUCAAAACUGGAGCCAGGUGCCACCAACCUAGGCCUUGCUCGCAUUGGUGCCAACACUGCUGCUACUGCAGGUGGUCAAGUUAACCAGGCCAACCUUGUCCACAGAGGGGACCUGGAGGAAGAAGAAGACGAAGAAGAGAUCCCGGUCCUGACGGUCUGGGGUGCUCUCGUUUCUCUUGCGAUAUCCACUAUUUUGGUCGCGUUCUGCUCGGAGUUCAUGGUUGACAACAUCUCCGAGGUCGCUGGUGAAGGAAAGGGUCUCUCUCAAACCUUCCUUGGUCUUAUUCUGUUGCCGAUCGUCGGUAACGCGGCGGAACAUGCAACGGCUGUCACUGUUGCCAUGAAAGACAAGAUGGACCUCGCCAUCGGCGUUGCUGUCGGUUCGAGCAUGCAGAUUGCGCUGCUUGUCUUGCCUUUGGUUGUGAUCAUCGGUUGGAUCAUUGGCCAAGACGCAAUGAACCUGUCUUUUGAUGGGUUCCAAAUUGCAGUCCUGUUUGUGGCUGUCUUGUUGGUCAACUACCUGAUCGGAGACGGCAAGUCACAUUGGCUGGAGGGCAUGCUCCUCAUGACGACCUACACGAUCAUUGCCGUUGCUGCCUUUGUUUAUCCUGAUUAA